AACAGCUUUCAUUUUUAUUACUUCUUAGUAGAUAAUAGGGAAAUAUCCUGGGAGAAAAUUCGUGUGCAUGAUAGGAAUGUUGGAAAGCCUUCAGCAUGAAUCAGAUCUCCUUCAGCAUGAUCAAAUUCAUACUGGCAGGAAACUUUAUGAAUGUAAUGAAUGUAGAAAAACCUUUAGCCUGAAGCAAAACCUCAUAGAACAUAAGAAAAUGCAUACUGGAGAGAAAUCUCAUGAAUGUACUGAAUGUGGUAAGAUGUUCUCUCGAGUCUCAUCCCUUACUCUACAUUUGAGAAGUCAUUCAGGAAAAAAAUCGUAUAAAUGCAAGAAGUGUGGAAAAGCCUUCAGCCAGAAGGGAGAAUUCCUUUCUCAUCAGAAACAGCACACGGGAGAGAAACCUUAUGAAUGUGGAAAAGUUUCUAUUCAGAUGCCAACCCUCAUCACACACCAGAAAAAUCACACAGGAAAUAAACCCUAUGUAUGUAAGGAAUGUGGGAAGGCCUUUAAUAGCAAAUCAUAUCUCACUGAGCAUGAGAAAAUUCAUACGGGAGAGAAACCAUUUGAAUGUAAUCAAUGUGGAAGAGCCUUUAGCCAGAAGCAAUACCUCAUUAAACAUCAGAACAUCCAUAGUGGAAAGAAACCCUUUAAAUGUAAUGAGUGUGGAAAAGCCUUUAGCCAGAAGGAAAACCUUAUUAUCCAUCAGAGAAUCCAUACAGGAGAGAAACCUUAUGAGUGUAAAGGGUGUGGGAAAGCUUUCAUUCAGAAGUCAAGCCUCAUUAGACACCAGAGAAGUCAUACUGGAGAGAAACCCUAUACAUGUAAGGAAUGUGGGAAAGCCUUUAGUGGAAAAUCAAAUCUCACUGAGCAUGAGAAAAUUCAUAUUGGAGAGAAACCUUAUAAAUGUAAUGAAUGUGGAACAAUCUUCAGGCAGAAGCAAUACCUCAUUAAACAUCACAAUAUUCAUACAGGAGAGAAACCCUAUGAAUGUAAUAAAUGUGGAAAAGCCUUCUCUCGAAUUACAUCACUUAUUGUACAUGUGAGAAUUCAUACAGGUGAUAAGCCUUAUGAAUGUAAGGUAUGUGGGAAGGCCUUCUGCCAAAGUUCAUCUCUUACUGUGCAUAUGAGAAGCCAUACAGGUGAGAAACCCUAUGGUUGUAAUGAAUGUGGGAAGGCCUUUUCUCAAUUCUCAACUCUUGCUCUGCAUAUGAGAAUCCACACUGGUGAAAAACCUUAUCAGUGUGGUGAAUGUGGGAAAGCAUUCAGUCAAAAGUCACAUCACAUUAGACACCAGAGAAUUCAUACCCAUUAAAGCUCUGUGAAUGCCCUGGACUUAGGAGAACCUUCAGUAGAAUUCAUACCUAAUAGUAUAUCGGAAAAUUCAUUUUACAUUAAAGUGACAUGAAUGUGGGAAAUCCUUCAGCAGCAAUUCCAAACUUCAAAUACUGUGAUGAUUAAGAAGUAUUACAGUAUAAUGAAAACCUGCAUUCCCCAAACUCUGACAACAAACUUUAUUUGUGCUGUACUUUUAGGAGCAUUCUCACUGAAGUUAGAAUCCAGUCAUGGACACUAAUUAGCAUGUUCCUGGAAGGCAUACCAAAUGCAUUAAGAAAAAAAGAGGUAUAAGGUUUUGAAAUUGAGAGUCAUAAUUAUCAAUUUUUUUGUUAUAUGCUUUGCUGCAUAUAUGAUUUAUAAUACUAUAAUCAUAAAAAUAAUUUGUUGUUGAAGGGGUCAUGGAAAAUUGAGAUUGGGACAGAGUAUUGAAUCUAGAAAUACAUGAAGUUAUGAAGAAUUGGGAUGAUUGAUAGAGAUGGCAUACAAAAUUGGUGGGGAAAUCAUGGAAGAUUUUUUUAAUGGUCUCAGGGUAAUUGACUCUUCAUAUGGAAAAGUAAUAGAUAUUAUCAUAUGGUAAAACAUUUAUUUCUUACGAAUUCCAAAAGUAUUAAGAACUAAAAUGUAAAAGUCAAAACUUAAUAAUAUGAGUUUUAUAGAAUGUUUUUAAAACCUUGAGGUAGGAAAGAAUUCCAAAACAUUCCAGAAUACCCAGCAGUUCCACUCUUGAGUACAGUAGUCCUCCUUUUCCUGCAAGGGACACC